AUGGGUAUGGUGGGGUGCGGGUACAGUGGGGGUAAGCCCAGGAACCGAGUGAUGAUAAGAGAGUUCGCAUCUCUGGACGUGCUGGUUAUACUGGGUGAGGUCACCGCAUGUGUGGGAGUCCUCUCUGCAGCCCCAGACCUCUCUGAGCCCCCAGACCUCUCUGUGCCCCCAGUCCACACUGAGCCCCCAGUCCACUCUGAGCCCCCAGUAAACUCUGCACCCCCAGUCCACUCUAAGCACCCAGACCUCUCUGUGCCCCCAGUCCACACUGAGCCCCCAGACCACUCUGAGCCCCCAGUCCUCUCUGCACCCCCAGUCCACUCUGCACCCCCAGUCCACUCUGCGCCCCCAGUCUUCCCUGAGCCCCCAGUCCUCUCUGCGCCCCUAGUCUUCCCUGAGCCCCCAGUCCUCUCCGCACCCCCAGUCCUCUCUGAGCCCCUAGUCCUCUCUGUGCCCCCAGUCCUCUCUUCCACUCUGUGCCCCCAGUCCACUCUGAGCCCCCAGUCCACUCUGAGCCCCCAGUCCACUCUGAGCCCCCAGUCCACUCUGAGCCCCAGACCUCUCUGCACCCCCUUCCACUCUGCGCCCCCAGUCUUCCCUGAGACCCAAGUCCUCUCCGCACCCCCAGUCUUCCCUGAUUCCCCAGACCUCUCGUCCACUCUGUGCCCCCAGUCCACUCUGAGCCCCCAGUCCACUCUGAGCCCCCAGUCCACUCUGAGCCCCAGACCUCUCUGCACCCCCUUCCUCUCUGCGCCCCCAGUCCACUCUGCGCCCCCAGUCUUCCCUGAGACCCAAGUCCUCUCCGCACCCCCAGUCUUCCCUGAUUCCCCAGACCUCUCGUCCUCUCUGCGCCCCCAGUCCACUCUGCGCCCCCAGUCUUCCCUGAGACCCAAGUCCUCUCCGCACCCCCAGUCUUCCCUGAUUCCCCAGACCUCUCGACCUCUCUGCGCCCCAGUUCUCUCUGCACCCCCAGUCCACUCUGCGCCCCCAGUCUUCCCUGAGCCCCAAGUCCUCUCCGCACCCCCAGUCUUCCCUGAUUCCCCAGUCCUCUCUGUGCCCCCAGUCCACUCUGCACCCCCAGUCUUCCCUGAGCCCCCAGUCCUCUCUGAGCCCCCAGUCCUCUCUGCGCCCCUAGCCCUCUCCGCACCCCCAGUCUUCCCUGAGCCCCCAGUCCUCUCCGCACCCCCAGUCUUCCCUGAGCCCCCAGUCUUCCCUGAGCCCCCAGUCCACUCUGCGCCCCCAGUCUUCCCUGAGCCCCCAGUCCACUCUGCGCCCCCAGUCUUCCCUGAGCCCCCAGUCCACUCUGCGCCCCCAGUCUUCCUUGAGCCCCCAGUCCUCUCAGAGCCCCCAGUCCUCUCCGCACCCCCAGUCUUCCCUGAUUCCCCAGUCCUCUCUGUGCCCCCAGUCCACUCUGCACCCCCAGUCUUCCCUGAGCCCCCAGUCCUCUCUGAGCCCCCAGUCCUCUCUGCGCCCCUAGCCCUCUCCGCACCCCCAUCCUCUCUGCGCCCCCAGUCCACUCUGCGCCCCCAGUCUUCCCUGAGACCCAAGUCCUCUCCGCACCCCCAGUCUUCCCUGAUUCCCCAGACCUCUCGGGACCUCUCUGAGCCCCCAGACCUCUCUGUGCCCCCAGUCCACACUGAGCCCCCAGUCCACUCUGAGCCCCCAGUCCUCUCUGCACCCCCAGUCCUCUCUGCGCCCCCAGUCCACUCUGCGCCCCCAGUCUUCCCUGAGCCCCAAGUCCUCUCCGCACCCCCAGUCUUCCCUGAUUCCCCAGUCCUCUCUCCCUCUCCGCACCCCCAGUCUUCCCUGAGCCCCCAGUCCUCUCCGCACCCCCAGUCUUCCCUGAGCCCCCAGUCUUCCCUGAGCCCCCAGUCCACUCUGCGCCCCCAGUCUUCCCUGAGCCCCCAGUCCACUCUGCGCCCCCAGUCUUCCCUGAGCCCCCAGUCCACUCUGCGCCCCCAGUCUUCCUUGAGCCCCCAGUCCUCUCAGAGCCCCCAGUCCUCUCAGAGCCCCCAGUCCUCUCUGUGCCCCCAGUCCUCUCAGAGCCCCCAGUCCACUCUUCGCCCCCAGUCCUCUCUGCGCCCCCAGUCCUCUCAGUGCCCCCAGUCCUCUCAGAGCCCCCAGUCCUCUCUGAGCCCCCAGUCCUCUCAGAGCCCCCAGUCCUCUCGGUGCCCCCAGUCCUCUCAGAGCCCCCAGUCCUCUCUGAGCCCCCCAGUCCACUCUGCACCCCCAGUCCUCUCUUCCUCUCUGCACCUCCAGACCUCUCUGCAACCCCAGACCUCUCUGCACCCCCAGACCUCUCUGCACCCCAGACCUCUCUGA